UAGCAACACUGUCACAAAAAUUUGCUGAUAACAAAAAAAAACAUUGAUAAGAAACGUGAAAAUUUGAACUUUUUUCAAAAGUUUCGAAUCAAAAGCUCGAAAGUCUUCUCUACCAAGUAAUAAAUCCUAAUUACAACUAUUGAAAUUAUGGCUGAAGCGAGUAAUCAAGACAAUCCAUCAACCGAAGAAAUCACAGACUCUCCCAAAAAAGGUCCUACAUUAUCAACCAGUACCAGUAGUUUUGAACCUUUAGAUCCUCAUGAUCCGAAUCUAAGUCGUUUAGCUAACGCUCUGUUCGAAAAAACUUCGGAAUAUUUGCUGCUUGAACUGAAUGCUACUCAAGAAGAUUACGAAUUACUCACGAAUAUGAAUAAUAUAACGGCAACGAAGUACUCGGAUAUGAGACAAAUCGCCACCAAAGUAUCGAAACAAGUUCAAGAUUUAAAUAAUAAAUAUAAGAAACUAUCACCUUUACUCGAAAUAAUAACUCAAUUACAAAGUAACAUAUCGAAACUAGAAGAAGCUGCUUAUAAAUUGGACGCGUAUGCGAAAAAACUAGAAGACAGGUAUAAAAUAUUAGAAAAACGGUACAAUACUGCCAUUAAUUGAGUUGUUUUUCAUCGAAUUGUGUAUUUUUUUGGUAUAAUUUUUGUACAAAUAAUAUUUAAGUAUAAUUUUUAAUCAUUGGUAUAACGCUUGUUUUUUUACCUACGUGAAUAAAGGCUCGUUUAGACUAUGACAGUACUGUCAUGAAAGUGCUGUCAUGACAGCAACUUUCACAGUAUAAAUUGCACUGUCAUGUACUGUCACCCCACUGUGACAGUACUGUCACACUAUCAUGCAUGCAUGAUAGUAGAGCAUGACAGUGAAAGUGAGGAAGGUGUUUUGAGUUUUUUUCUCACCUUUAUAAUUAUGGCUAGUGUGAAAUGAAGUUAAAAGUUCAGUAUUUUCAUAUUUCUGGUGAUAUUUUAUGAUUUAAGGACAAAAGAAGCUCUCUAGGUUAGAAUGAAGGGUUGAUGAAAGUGUACUUUGUGUGUAAACACCUCUGUUAUGAAAGCGUGAAAAUCAACAACUUUCAUGAAAGCACUAUCACGACAGCACUGUCAUAGUGUAAACGAGCCUUAAUAAUUCACGAUGAAAUCUCUUGUUGGUUCUCAUUUUGGCUGUCCUCCUCUUCGAUCUGUAAUAUUUCCACAGAAAAUUAUUUCUAUUUAAAAAUAUACGUCGAUAAAUUUUUAAAUUUAAAGCACUCACAGCAGUUCUUCUGUUAGCCAAAUUAGCGCAGUAAAAAUGUCGAGCGCUUAUCUGAAAUUUUUAAAUUUAAAAUACAGAUUUAUUUUCAAAAAAAAAUUCCUUCGCAAAAAUUAAAAUAAUUUAAAACUUACCGGAGACUGGUAGUAAUCUUGUAACGAAGGUAUUGUGUCACGAUUUUGUAAACCAGCUUCUUUAGUUUCUAUAUUAUGAACUAAUUUAUAAACAGCCGAAUUGGAUAGAUCAAAUUUCGGUGGUUCGUAUUUUCGAAAAUUCACCCUAAAAUAAUUUUCUUUCGGAUUUAAAUGUUCAAGAUACAAAUUUCAAAUUAAAACUAAUGUCUUACCCAACAGUUGAUCCAACUAAUACUUCUGCCUGCGAUAUUAAAGUUUCAGCUAUGAAUUCUUCGUUAUAAGCAUCCUUCGGUUUUCUCCAGAUUCUACCCCCGGGCAGCACAACUGGUCUUGGUAAUGGAGUCAGAGGACAGGCAGGUCGUCGUUUAGGAUGUUCUUCUUCCUGCAAUGUUUCAAAAUCAGAAAAAUUCGAGUAAUAAUUUCUAAUUAAAUUCAACCUACGUCUGAAAUCUUCUUCGAUUUGUUUGGUCGAGUUUCUUCGUCAGAAUGAUUCUCAUUAGGUUCAGAUUCGGUCAACGUUGGUUCGGUGUUUUCGAAUUGAACGUCGCUGUCUUGCUGACCCAUUUCGUUGGGGUUUUCAUCGUAAUCAUCGUUGAAUUCCGCAUUUUCGUCGUAAUCGGCUCGAAGUUCGGCAUUUUCAUCAAUUUCGCCAGUUUCUUGGGCAAUAUCAGUGUCACUUUUGGAGUCGGUUUCUUCAUCUUGGCCAUUACUAGAGGAAGAGUUAUCCUGUAGGAUAAAAUCGAAUGUAAUUUUUGUAUUUAUUUGUUCGAUGAAUUAUUUUAAAUCUCGUUUAGGAACCUUCAACUGAGUCAAUUGAGUUAUUUGAUUUUGAAUCGCAGCCAAUUGGGAUUGUAUUAGAGAUGGCAAUUGCUCCAGAGAACUGAGUGUAUUUUUGAUGAGGUUUAGUUGAACUUCAAAUUCAGUUUUUGGCAGUUGUACAUUUCCUUCUACGAGAUCCUGAAGCAAAUAAAUAUUUAAUUACUAUUAAUCACGUGUAAGUAAUUAACCUUGAAUUAAAUAGGAAGUUGAUGGGAUGAAAAAAAUUUUAAUGUGCAAAAUAUUGAUAAAUUCGAGAUAAGUUUAAGCAAGCAAAAUAAAUAAUUGAUAAAUUCUACUAAGUAUUAGGUAGGUGCAUUCGGUGUUUUACGAGUAAUUUCUCACGAUUUUCGAAACGUAGAGGAAUUUUUUUAAUUCAUUUCAAAACUGCUCUCACUUUUGAUAUUUCGAAGUCCCUUCCCUCAUUUUUUUAAAAACCUAAAACUGAUUUUAAUUUUAAUUAUUUAAACGAGUAAUAUGUAUCUUACGUUGUCAGCACUAUUUGAUUCAUCUCCCGUUGUUUCAUUUUCUACUGUCUCAUUUUCAGUUUCAUCAUCGAUAUUAUCGUUUCGAUCAUCAGAUUCGGUUUCAUUUUGAGAACUUUCUUCGUUCGUCAGUUCAUUUUGAUCGUUUAAUUCCGAGCUACGGUUUUCGUCAGAUUCUGUUAUAUUUUCUGAUUGAUCAGCCUGCUGUAGGUGUAAAAUAUUCAUUUUAUUAAAAUAUAAAAAGCAUAGUCUAAUUCGCAGUCAAAUCAACAAAAUCAAAUUUUACUUCGGUUUUAAUUUCAGGACUGAGUUUAGGCUUAGGCUGCGGAAUAGGUCUAUCCGGAGGGGCUAAAAAAGUUGAAAAUCUUUUAUUCGGACAUUUCUUGAGCUGUUCUUUUUCUGAGAGUUCUUUAUGAACUUGUUCUUCUUGUAAGACCUACGCAAAAACGUUAUUUAAACGUCAAUGAAUAAAUUUCUAUUUUUAAAUAUGAUAAAAAUCAUUUUGUAUAGUCACUUGAAAGACAGCCGAAUCCUUGAUAAACUCGCACUUGGGAAUAAAUCUCUUGAAGUUGACGCUGAAAUAAUAAUUCGGGUAAACAAAUAAGCCUAUUGAUUGAGUAACGAUAUCAUUGCGAUUGCGAUUAUGUUUUCGAAAUAUACCCGAUGACGUUUUUGCCUUUUUCUUCGAUGACUUCAGCAUUCUCUAAUAACAUCUGGUUAAUUUCAUCUUCGGUUGGUUCGUGAAAUUCUGAAUAUUCGUCUUCGCUUUGGUCUUGGUC